AUGUUCGUCUGCCCGCCGGUCACCAGAAUCGGAGCUCGAGACCCGCAUCAGCCCGGCCCCGGGUAUGCUACGGAUUCUCCCAUCGAGGUUAACGUCAUCGCCGAGAAGCACGGUAUCAUCAAGUUGUCCGCCUUUGGCCGCGUGUACACCAAUAUUCUGGCCAUGCCGGAAGACAAGGAAUGCCAUGUCCGCGUUGAGAGUGAGAAUGAUGUAAACAACGUUGGGGCCCAGAAGCGUGAGGCUUAA